CCACCCCAGAGUGGCCCAGAGUGACCCCAGCCCAGCCAUGGGGACUGCGCUUGUGUACCAUGAGGACAUGACGGCCACCCGGCUGCUCUGGGAUGACCCUGAGUGUGAGAUCGAGUGUCCUGAGCGCCUGACUGCUGUCCUGGACCGCCUGCGGCAGUGCGGCCUGGAGCAGAGGUGCCUGCGGCUGUCAGCCCGCGAGGCCUCGGAGGCGGAGCUAGGCCUGGUGCACAGCCUGGAGUACGUGGCCAUGGUUCGGGGGACUCAGGCUCUGGGCAAGGGGGAGCUCCAGGCGCUGUCUGGACAGUACGAUGCCGUCUACUUCCACCCGAGUACUUUUCACUGUGCCCAGCUGGCCGCGGGGGCCGCACUGCAGCUGGUGGAUGCCGUGCUGAUGGGAGUUGUGCGCAAUGGGCUUGCCCUGGUGAGGCCUCCUGGGCAUCACAGCCAGAGGGCAGCUGCCAGUGGGUUUUGUGUGUUCAACAAUGUGGCCAUUGCAGCCGAACAUGCCAAGCAGAAGCACGGGCUGCACAGGAUUCUCAUUGUUGACUGGGAUGUCCACCAUGGCCAGGGCAUCCAGUAUAUCUUCGAGGAUGAUCCCAGUGUCCUUUACUUCUCCUGGCACCGCUACGAGCACGGAUGCUUCUGGCCCUUCCUGCGAGAGUCAGACGCAGAUGUGGUUGGGCAGGGGCCAGGCCACGGCUUCACUGUCAACCUGCCCUGGAAUCAGGUCGGGAUGGGAAAUGCCGACUAUGUGGCUGCCUUCCUGCAUGUGCUGCUCCCACUGGCCCUUGAGUUUGACCCCGAGCUGGUGCUAGUCUCGGCAGGAUUUGACUCGGCCAUCGGGGACCCAGAGGGGCAGAUGCAGGCCACGCCAGAGUGUUUUGCCCACCUCACUCAGCUACUGCAGGUGCUGGCCGGCGGCCGGGUCUGUGCCGUGCUGGAGGGCGGCUACCACCUGGAGUCGUUGGCGCAAUCGGUGUGCAUGAUGGUGCAGGCACUGCUGGGCGACCCUGCCCCCCCGCUGUUGGGGGCCAUGGCGCCAUGCCAGAGUGCCCUGGAGUCCAUCCAGAGUGUCCGAGCAGCUCAGGCCCCUCACUGGAUGAGCCUGCAGCAGCAAGGUUAGUGUGCGUCCCCUGUGCUGAGUCCUAGCACCUGCUCCCUGGAGGGGAGGCCCAGUGGCCCCACCUUCAAGGCAGGAGCAGCUGUGCUGAGCUCCCUCAUGGACCAGCUGUGCCUCCACCCCACACCCCCUGUCCGCACGGCAGUUGUCCUGACUGUGCCAGAUGCCACCCUGGUCCUGCCUCCUGACGUCCUCCGUCAGGAGGCAUCAGCCCCGAGGGAGGAGGCAGAAGCCUGGGCGAGGCCACAUGAGUCCCUGGCCCAAGACAAGGCCCUCACUGCACUUGGGAAGCUGCUGUACCUCUUAGAUGGGAUCCUGGAUGGGCAGGUAAGCAGCGGCAUUGCAGACACCCCAGCCCCUGCUGCAGCGGCCACUCUGGAUGUGGCCAUUCGGAGAGGCCUGUCCCGUGGAGCCCAGAGACUGCUCUGUGUGGUCCUCGGACAGCUGGACCGGCCCCUGGACCUCGCUGAUGAUGGGAGGACUCUGUGGCUGAACAUCAGGGGCAAGGAAGCAGCUGCCCUGUCCGUGUUCCACAUCUCCAUGCCACUGCCAGGGACAAACGGUGGGUUCCUGAACUGCAUCUUGGGGCUGGUGAUGCCCCUGGCCUAUGGCUUCCAGCCUGACUUGGUGCUGGUGGGGCUGGGGCCUGCCCAUGGCCUGCAGGACCCCCAGGCUGCUCUCCUGGCUGCAAUGCUGCAGGGGCCAGCAGGGGGCCGAGUCCUGGUCCUUGUGGAGGAGGAAUCCACACCCCAGCUUGCAAAGAUGCUGGCCCGGGUGCUGCAUGGAGAGGCACCUCCCAGCCCGGGCCCUUUCUCGAUGGCCUCUCCAGAGGACGUCCAGGCCCUGAUGUACCUGAGAGGGCGGCUGCAGCCCCAGUGGAAGAUGCUACAGGUGGCGGGAGAGCCCGGCGGGGAGGCACGGCGCUGCCCUGGGGCCCGGGGGACAGUGCUGCCUUAGGGCCAGCCCGCAGCAGCGCGGGCCCGCCGUGCGCCUCCUUCCCAGCUCCGUUGGUGCCGUCCUCACCCGGUAGCUCGAAAUCGGCCAAGGCCGGCGUAUUUACAUCUCGGAAACAACGCCCGGCCGCCAGGGCCGGCCGCUGCGGCGACCUGAGCUCCGCCUGCCCGCCCCCGCGCCCUCCACUCCCAAGCAGUAAACGCCGGUUCCACGAAA